UCUGCUCUCUCUUUAAGAAGCCACGGACAUUUGAACUCCUCCAGUGCCGUUUGACUUCCCACUUUGUUCUCAGUCCAAGUCAGCUGGAGAGCAGAUUUCGGGUGCUGGUCAUGGUGUCCGGUGAGAAGGUGUGGGACCCCCUCCACGCAGGCUUUAUUCAGUCACGUCUGAGUGAGCAACACCUGGCUGCUGGGCUAACUCCCCUCUGCAAUACCAGACAGAGUGCAACUAAGAACUCUACGUGCCAACAGAGUCAGCUGUUGUCACCUUUGUCUUCCCCGCCACGGUCGUUAGUGGCUGUAGACACCCUUCAACCAGUUCGGGCCUCCUCACCUGUACACCUGCCUUUCAAUUUCCGCUGCUCAAGAAAGAUCGAAGGGCUCAACAAACCAGUCCACUGUCUUGGAGUGGCCUCUCAGCCUGAGGAGGAGGAGGAGGAGGAGGAGGGAGGGGAAGUUGAGCAGUUGGAGAUGAAGGGUAAAAGGCACGGAGGCCGCGGAGAGGCCAUGAUGGAGGACAGGCUGGAGGACAUGGCUGAUGGACCCAAAAAUGCAAAAAUCACCUUAAGCUUCCCACUUAGUGCCGCCCCCCUCCCAGCCUCGCUGACUUCUCCAAACCACUGUCGUAGCUCUUCGUCAUCCUCCCCUUCCCCUCACCGACGGCGGCCGUCCUCCAAGAGCUCAGACGAGGGGUCGCUGUGGAAACUGGACGCUACUAUGGACGUUAAGCACAGACCAUUUAAGCCCCCAAGGCACGACAGCUCUCCGUCCUCUUCCCCUUCCUCCUCCUCAUCUCCCAUGACUGUUCAUGCACUUAGUAGGAAAGAUAUAAAAUCCCCGCCUCCUCUGAAGUGCUCCAAACUCAAUCCAGAGACUCAGUUCCACAGGUCGCCCCCAAGAUCCUCCAGUGGGUCUUCAGGUGGCUGUUAUGGUGGCGACGGAUGGGAUGAGAGGCACAGGGUUGCCAACGGUACAGCCUCACCCUCUCAAACCGCCCAGAUCCUCUUCAGUCUGGGCACAUCAGCCUAUCAGAGAGGUGGGGAUGCAGAGAGGAGAGAGAAAAUGACAGGAAGACCAGCUGGGAAAGUGGGAAGCCCUCAUGGACCAAGUCUUCACCCACCCACCCUCCACCUCCCUCCCCCCUUACCACCACCUCCUCCUCCAUCCGAGGGUCUUACCGCACCCCCUGACUCGUCCUCCUAUCCGCCUACCAACAGCCUGAAGCCCGAGCUGAUUUGCGGGGUGUGCCAUCGGCUUUUCAGCUCGGCCUCCUCCCUGACAGUCCACAUGCGGCUGCAUCGUGGCAGCCGCGCCCUCAAUUGCUGCUAUUGUGGCAAAGUCUUCAUCCACAGCAAGAGACUGCAGUCCCACGAGGCCUCCUGCAGGGUGCCAGGCCUACCCUCCAACAGCCUGGGCCCUCCUUCUCUCACUAUGCAGCCAAAGGAGGAGCCACUGGAGGAGGGUGAGGUGAGAGUGGAGGGGGGAGUGAUUGUGGGACAAUCAGACAUGAGUAAGGCGCGGCCGGGGAAGAAAGCACGGAGCCUCCUGGCACGCAUCCAAGGUGAUGAUGCAGCAGCCGCAGAGUUGCUAGCGGGUGAUGAGCACCAUUUUGUGAAGGUGGUAGAUGGCAAUAUCAUUUACUUUUGCUCUGUGUGUGAACGUUCCUACAUGACCCUAUCCAGCCUGAAGCGUCACUCUAAUGUGCACUCAUGGCGCCGCAAAUAUCCAUGCCAUUUCUGCGACAAAGUCUUUGCCCUGGCUGAGUACCGCACAAAGCACGAGGUGUGGCACACAGGAGAGCGCCGCUACCAGUGUAUCUUCUGCUGGGAUGCCUUCGCCACCUACUACAAUCUCAAAACACACCAGAAGACUAUUCAUGGGAUUAAUCCCAGCCUCAUCUCCAGUGAAAAGACAGCUAAUGGGGGUUAUAAGCAGAAAGCGAAUGCCCUGAAACUCUACCGCCUCCUCCCCAUGCGCUCCCAGAAGAGACCCUACAAGACUUACAGUGACAGUUUGCAUAAUGGCCUGCUACUCCCAUCAACUGAGACACCGUCCCUCUCCCUGCCUGGACUGGGCUGUACUCUGGGCCCUGAGGACCUACAAAGCCUCAUCAGUGGGGCCCACCCUCAGAGUGUAAAGCCUGACCCAGAUGACUUCCCUGAUGGCUUCCCUAUUUCUGCCGAGCAUGGGGACCUCUCCACACUAAUACCCCUCCCCCAAGCGGACAUGCCCCAAGUUAGAAAACAUGAGAGUGAGGCCCCAGAGUUAGAGCAGGGGAAAGGCAGUGGCAGCUUCAAAAUGUCUAGUAGCAGCAAAACCAAAACUCCUAAGACUAGUAGAGGCACAGACACAAGCAUGCCUUCUGUAAUAACUUAUGGCCAUACGAAACCCUCCGUCAUAGUUCAUGGAACAGCAGUGUCAUCCUCUGUCAUUGUGCAUAGCAAUCAGGUCACUUCUGGAAGUGAAAAAAGCCCAAUGAGCAGUCCAUCCCCCGAUACCAGCAUCAGCCAGACUUUACACAAGGGCAUUCCCAGGCCAAUGAAAAAGCAAAGAGAUAGUGCAGAUAACCAUAGAAAGAGGUCAAGAGACUGUUCAAAUAUCACAGAGGAGGGCUCAAGAGGUAGACAGGGUGAAGAGACAGGCAGAUUAUUUCACAAAUCACGAAAAUCCCACAGCAAGAGUGACAUCUCUAACUUAAAGCAGCUGUCAGCAUCUGUAGGGUCACAGGUCAAAGAGGCAGGCCCCCUGUGCCAGAUUACUGUACGUAUUGGUGAGGAAGCCAUGGUGAAGCGCAGCAUCUCUGAGACAGAUCUUAGGAGAGACAAGAGCCUCUCUCCACCUAAAACCAAACGGAGUGAAACAUCAUCUGUGCGGGAAGCAAAGGAGACACGCCACUCCCAUCACCAUCACCAUAAACACCGCCUCCACCGCAGAGUCAGCCUGGAAGAAGACGGUGAUAAAGAAGGAGGAGAUUGUGAGGAGGAGGUCAGGAAAAAGAGCUCCAAGUCCCCUGAUGAAGUGAGGGAGUACUAUUUCCGUCGGGAGGUGCGUGACCAGGAGAGUGACAAUGACACUGAGGAUAAUUUAUGGCGGCCUUACUACUCCUACAAGCCUAAGAAGAAGGCCCAAGCACAUCUACAGAGGGUCAAGAGCUGGCAGAGGAAACUGAAAUUCAAGCGCUCCAUCCGGUUGAAGAGGACAGAGAGGCUCAAUAACCAUGUGGAUAAAGAGACAGAGAAAUCACAAGAUGAGGAAGAGGAUGGGAAGAUUGGGGAGGCCGAAAAACUGUCAAAAGCUAACGGAGACGAGGGAGAGGGGGAAAAGAAAGAUUAUCCCUCUGCGCCUUUAAAGGAGAAAAACAAAGACCCAGAAGAACAAGUUAAGGAGGCCUGUGAUGAGGUUCCCACUCUGCACUCUCCAAAGUCUCCUCUGUCUACCUCAGUGGCCCCUACUGGAAUAAAGAGGCGGCCUUGGACUAAUGGGAAUGCGGCAGAGUGUGGUACAUGUGGCUGCUGGUUCUCAAGCUCCAGGAAGCGAGACAAACACGAGCUGAGCCAUCUGCUGGAGUUCGUAUGCCUCUUCUGCCGAGCCACUUUCCCCUCGAGGGAGAAGUUGGAAGACCACCAGAGAGCCCAGCAUCCCAAGCCUACUGAGGCACCUUCUGUACCCCAAAAAGUGGCACUCGAUGAACAGGUUGAAGGGGUUGGGGUUAAAUCUGUGCCAGAGAUUGCAAAGUAUGAUGAAGAAAAAGGUGGGCAAGUAGCCUUCGUAGGAUGUAAUUCUAGUCCAAGUCGCCUAAGCAGAAGAGCAUUAUCACGACACACCUGUCCGCAGUGUCAUAAGGUGUGCAAGACAUCUUCAGCACUAACUCGCCAUAUCCGACGCCACGAGUUAAGCAGUUCCCCAGAGAGAGAAAAGGAAGACUCAGAGCCGAAAACAGCGAAGAUGGUUGUUAACACUGUUAGCAGAGACCUAGAGACUGAAAAAGGCCAGGCUCCCAGCGCUGUUUCAGUUAUCAGCUAUUCAACACCAGACCCCCCCAGCAGUGUUGACUGUUUGGCAUCACAGCAGCGUGAUGACCAUCUCGGUGAACUGACGGCUGAACAUCAGGUGUCAGAACCCAGUGGCAAACCUGAACUGACGGAGCUCUCACAUCCCGCUCUAGAGAGAGAGUCCAGCCCACAAAUUGCAGACCCUCCAUUAGAAAGUCCGGUUACACUUACACCCACUAAACACAAAUUCACGCCUGCCACACCCUCUACUCUCCAUAGUGUGCUCGUCAUGAACGGACCUGAAUGUCUGGACUACCGCACCCCCAGCAAAAAGAACCUGGACAGCCAUAUACACAGAAUACCCAGCCCUGUGCACAUCGUGGCAUCCGCCAACACCUCUCCAAAUGUGCCCAUGACGUCACAGACCAGAAUAACCACUGCUGCUCCUCCUGUUUCCAUGACAACAGCUCUCAGCUCCGAGGGGGGAUUCAUGAAACGGGAUGGGGUCAUUAUGGACAGAGAGCGGCAGAGCGGGAGUGGUUUGUUUGUACAUGUGGGUUAUGAGGAACCACCCCGGAUCCAGGAUCUCAGAGUUCAACCCUUGCCCAGGAGUCCGUCUCCCGAUGAAGCACAAGACCUGACCAUGUCCUCUAUUCUAGCUCGAGAGAGGGAGAUAGAGCGGCACAGAGAGAAAGAGAGGGAGCUCCAGAGACGGAUAGAGAGGGAGCGGGACAAAGAAAUGGUGAAAGAGAGAGAAAAAGAGAUGGCCCAUCAAAUGAGUAGAGUUGCGCACACCCCACAGGACCAGAUUUGUCUGUUGGUCCCUAAAGAGGAGCCCUUGAGCCCUGUGCCGUCCCCCCAGCAUAUCCCCACUCAAACCACUAUGAAUGGAUCCUCCUCACACAGGCACACUCCCAAAUCUCCCUGCCGGUCCCCCUCAACUAUUGGCCUCCUGGCUCAAGGCAACCGGCAGGUUCACUCCAGUUCACAAGGGCUCGAUAGACUCCCUCUGCCCACUGGAGCAGCUGGUGCCGGGGACCGCCCCUCCGCCCACGCUCUGCUUCUGCCCCGGGCCCCCCAACCACCUGAGCCAGAGCACCACGAUACUGUUUCUUCCAGAGAUUCGCAUCAGCGGAACGCCACCCCAGUGGGCUACCAUGCCCAGAACUAUCCCCUACCCCUUAUUGUGCCGGACAGCUACCAAUCUGGCAAGAAGCAGGAGGAACACCUGCUCAUGUCCUCCUAUCCUGCUGGAGCUCUUCCCUUUGGCCCACUGGGGAAAAUGAUGAUCCCCAAUGGCGGGGACCUGGCUAAGCUACCGUUUUAUCCGGACCCUUACCAGCUGCUAUAUGGGCCCCAGCUGCUGGCCUACCCUUAUAACCUGGCGGCUCUUCCCGUAGCUCUGAAUAUGAUGACACCUGGGGGGGACAAGGUGGAGCCUCUACCUUUCCUCCCUGCUAUCUUCAACUACACAGCUGGGCCGUACAUGGGCACAGCUCCUCACCCCUUAGUGGCAAAUCCCAGCUUCUACGGCGGCAGCAGCGGCAGCAGCAAGAAACAACGAGACAGCAGCAGCAGCAAACCGUAGGACACAGAAGCACUAUAAGGAAUAUAUUUCAAUGGGGAGGGCCUGGCCUGUUUAGGAUGGGAGCAGGAGGGGUGCGUGCUCACUGGGUCACUGAGUACACUCGCACAGUACCCCUGCCUCUCUUUUUUUUCAGUAGAGAUCAGAGCUAGGCAUUAUAUCAGGAGUAAGUUGAAGGGAGGAGAAGGAGCAAAGAAACGGGAGAGGGGCCGAUAUUAUAGUGUUGAUCAUUACUCCCCUCGCUUUACUCUCGCUCCCCUUUUCUCCUUGUCUCUCCUGUCUCGCUGUAGUGUGUCGUAGUUCUAGAGCUUGAUUAAUCUUCCUCUCUGACUCAUUAUAUUAUCUAUAAGAAUAAGAACUGCUAACAGGGUGUGUGUUGUGUGAAAAAUUAGUUCAGUCCGCUUCCCUUUAUAGUCGCCGCAUAGCGAGGAUAAACGCUCUUCAGGGACGGCUUGUGAGGGCAAGGAGGAAGGGAUGAAACGGAAGAGUCCGCACUCGAAACACAGUUGAAGGUGGAGCAUUAAGCAACUCGACCCUUGCGUCAUAUUUGUAUGAGCGAAUGAGAUUGCAGGUGUAUCCUGUCAAUAAACUGUCCAUGGAAGUUAUAUAUGAGCAUGUACAUGCACAUGUAUGUAGGUGAUUUGUGCAUGCAGAGGUGGGCUUAAGCAGGUAUUUCUGCGUACGUAUGUAUGUAUGUGUGUGAGUGAGUGUGUGUGUGAGUGUUUGCAAGUGAUGGCCAGUUCAUUCCGUGUGAGACUUGCACAGCAUUCCUACUCUAGUUGGAAUAGCUACUGUCGGUCAAUAUGUAGAAGUGCAUUUAGAAGUGAUUCCUCAUAUCCAAAUCAUUGAAGAAGUCGAUGCUAUGGCUGGAUGCGAGUCUAUGACAAUGACAGAUCAUCUGAGCUUCUGAUGUCUCAACUAACCUGGCGACUUUGUGGCCAUAUGGCACUGUAGGAUCUGUAUAGCAUUCACCAUAGUUUUAUACCGUAUGUGCACAAAGUAGAAAGGUAGUGGUCACUUAAAGGGGACACUCGUAGCUGCUUGGGAUAUGUAGCUGGCCACUGGGUAUGAUUUAAAGGCUGGUAGACCAUUGCACUUCCGUUUUUCAUCUCAUUUCCUUCACAUUGAAAAGGAAAAGAAUAAAAACCUGUUAGCCUUCGUCUUGCGGUAGCUUUUUCCUCUUUGAUUGGAAGAGGAAAAGGCUCCAUUUCCUAAGCCAGGAAGAAUAAAGUGACAGCAAGGAAGGAAAUAGAAAAAUGGAUUCAGGGUAUCGAGUUAUUUCUGUGUAGGAAAAGAAAUAUAUGGGCACAAAACUGUUGGACUCUUGAGUCAGAAGGACCCACAGAAAUGACUUUGGGGACAAAAAAAAAAAGUCCUUCUCCCCAACUGAGGGGGGCAUUUGAAAUAGCCCAAAUAAUUCCCCCUCCUGCCCUGUGUCAUUUACCAAGAGGUAGGAAAAGGCUGAGCUUAGCAGCCAAAGUGGUGACCGAAACUCCUAGGAGCACUCCUAGGAGUUUUCUGUUAAGUGUAAUGUUAUCUCUAUGUGUUUGUUUUGUUAAACUAUGUUGUUGUUUAUGUUGUUUAGCCCUCUUACCAGAUGGACAUGGCUUCGGUGAAAAAGGGGGGAGUAAACUUAAAAAUAUGAAUGUAAAUUUAGUCAUGAGGUUAAUGAAGUACAACUGCAUUAAUUGUAGAGUUGGUUUCAGUUCAUUUUUUGUUUCUGUUUUGACACAAAUAACCUGUUAAAGAACCGUAUAACGUCUGGUAUGCAUAUAUACAGUAGUCCUAGGAACAUGUCCGUAAUCUUGGGUUCUGUAUCCACAAAGCAUGAGCAACACUUGCUUCCUAACCGUUUAUAUCCUCAGCAAAUCUGGCAUUGUGCGCACAGCUUUUGUUUCUGUUUGAUAUUUUCUGGCUUUCUUCAUCUUCCAUAUCUCCUCUAUUUUUAAUUUUUUUUUGUUAUUCAUUAUAGACCACAGUUUGGAACAAUUCCACAAAACUAGCUUCCACAUUUACAUCUCACAGUCACUAUUUAGGAGCUGUUUAAUACUCCCUCUUCCCUCAAGCAUACACUGCACCUCCUCUGAAUGAAGUACAUAUGUUUCUGUGUGUGUGUGUGUGUGUGUGAUGGUAACGGGGCGCCUUUUGGUUUAGGCGUGUGUAGAAACGCAUUGUGACCAACUGAAGGGGCGCACAAGCACCCCCAUGGGUGUGGUUUCAAGCCUUUUGCGUGUGGACGUACGUGUUUUGUGUACGAAUGUGAGUGACUGCGCGAAUAUGAAAACCAAAAUGAAUCUGUCUGAGCAGCAUAUCCCCAUGGCAGUAUAUGGGCCACCUGUUAUUUUUUUGUUCUUUGACACUUUUCUGUGGGUUAGUUUCAGUGUAAAAAAAGCCUUGCUGUCUCCAAUACACUAUCUCAAGCCAUUCCUGUAGAUGGACAUAUUUUUGUUUUUGGACCAUUUCUUAUGCCAUAGUUUGCCAUCAUGGUUAUCAUACAGACCAAAAGCAUGCAAAUCAACGUAUUGUAGUGACUGGACUGGAAUCUGGUGGUAAUAUACAACUAUUUACUGUAUGUUUUAGUUUAAAUGAAUGUGCCUCUGCUUUGAUAUUUAAAUAAUUAUCUAUAUUAAGAUGUGGACCUGCCAGAUUUCAACUGUUAAGGUGCCUUGUUAUGGCAUAAGAAAUUUGAACGGCAAAUGAACGUUUUCUUGAGAAAUGGCAGUCUGAUUUGGAGAUAGAUAUCAUGGCUUUGUUUGCUAUGAAGCUGUUCAUAGACGUAGGGACGUGGCUAAACUGAUUUGGUAUCGUGUACAUGUCUAGGGUAAUACUGUGCCAUAUAGAGCCCACAAAAUAUGUUAAUGUUAUUUUUAAAAGAUGUUUUAAUGUUGCCUGAUGACUUUGUCUCUAGAUUUGAUACAAAGGCUUGUAGCCACAGCUCUGUAGUCUCCUUUUUCCCCAACAUUCUUCCUCUCGCUCUCUCUCUCUCUCCCCUUGUUUCCGUCUCCCUUUCUUUCUCUUUGCUGCAAUCAAACAAAAUAAAGUAUUAACCUGAUGACCCAAUGAAA